UCUCGUUCGCUCUUGACAGCGGGAGCAGAUUGAAGCACUUCAACGACGUAUUAAUAUUUUUUUGAUUUUCCUAAAUACAAUAAAAAUGGAUUUGGAAGAACUAUUAGCAAAACAAUCGGCGAAUUUAUCUGCCUCCGCGGCUGCAGCAUCAGGAGCAACGAAUCCGUUUUUAAAGAAGAAAUCAGAUAAGCCAAGUGCGUGUGGGAAAUGUGGGUAUUCAGGCCAUCUGACCUUCCAGUGCAGAAAUUUCUUAAAAACACAACCAAACAAGGAAGUAGUGUUGGACGUAUCGAGUACAUCCUCUUCCGAAUCUGAUGAAGAUGCCAUAACGCCGCUGACCAAAUUGCGAGCACAAGAGCUGAAAGCGAAAUUGAAAGAGAUGAAGAGAGCGAGACAAUUGGCGAAGAAAGAGGCUGCUCAAAAGAAGAACAAGAAGAAAGAUAAGAAAAAGGAGAAGAAAAAGCGGAGGAAGAGGGAGGAUUCUUCAGACUCGUCGUCGUCGUCUAGGUCGUCAGAGUCCGAUCAAGAUAAGAGAAAUAACGAUAGGAAAAGAGAUGACAGAGAUAAAAUCGAAGAAUGGAAGAAGCAUACGGCUAGAAGAAGGGAUGACAUUGAGCGGUCAAGGUCACGAGAUCGUGAUACUCGUGAUAAUAGAGGCCGCGAGGAGUAUAAUAAACGACGUUAGAUUAUGGAAUUAUUUUUUGUAUUGUUAUUUUUACGAUUUUUAUCUAAUAAAACUUUUACUGUAAAAUUUA